GGAUAUAGUUGCAAAAAAUUCCUUUCCAUGCGGCCCUUAAACAGCUUAAAUUUAGCAAAGCAAUCCAAGCUGGAGUGUGAAAGUGCCUUUAACAAUUGAGAUUUGAGAUAUAAACAUGUAUAGAUAUUUAUAUAUCCAUGCAUAUGACUUUUGUACGCAGAUUUGGCCUAAAGAAAAAGGAGGGGACAUGACCCACCAAAGAGGCCCAUUGCUUUGGACAGUGGCAAUCUUUGCUUUGAACACCACCUGUUUGACAAAAAUGACCGGAGAACUCUACCAACAUCAACAUCUCCAACUGGGUCUCUGUCUCCCUGCUCAGCUCCCUUUCUUAAUCCUGCUAUCUUGUUUUCUCUCUCUAAAUUUCCCAUUCCUCUCUUGUGGAUUCCAUUUUUGUCCAUGGACAAGCAACAACAGCAACAGUUAUCAUUACCCAAGUGUUCAAGGCAACGAUUCAAUGAAUGGAUAUUUCGUGAUGUUCCUAGUGACAUUAAAAUAGAAGUGAAUGGAGGAAUAAUUGCCCUGCAUAAAUUCCCUCUGGUCUCCCGGAGUGGGCGAAUCAGAAGGUUGGUUGCAGAACAUAGAGAUUCUGAUAUUUCAAGGAUAGAGCUUCAUGGCCUUCCUGGAGGUGCUGAGUCAUUUGAGCUAGCUGCCAAAUUCUGCUACGGCAUCAACUUUGAGAUUACAUCUGCAAAUGUUGCUCAGCUAUGUUGUGUUUCUGAUUACCUUGAGAUGACCGAGGAGUUUUCAAAAAAUAAUCUCAGCUCUCGUGCUGAGGAGUAUCUUGACAGUAUUGUUUGCAAGAACCUAGAAAUGUGUGUUGAGGUGUUGCAGCAGUGUGAAAAUCUUCUCCCUCUUGCCGAUGAGCUGAAUCUAGUUAGCCGAUGCAUUGAUGGAAUAGCUUCCAAAGCUUGUGUAGAGCAAAUUGCUUCGAGCUUUUCACGCCUAGAAUACAGCAGCUCAGGAAGACUUCACAUGAAUCGCCAGACAAAAUGUGACAGGGACUGGUGGAUAGAAGAUCUCUCUGUUCUCCGGAUUGACUUGUAUGAAAGAGUCGUAACGGCUAUGAAAUGUCGUGGGGUUCGGCCAGAGAGUAUUGGGGCGUCACUUAUGAAUUAUGCUCAAAAAGAGUUGACAAAAAAAUCCAGCUUAUGGAAUCCAUCUAGCCAGCCAAAAGUUGAUGUCGUUGCUGGUUCAAAUGGGCAUGAAAAACUUGUGGUUGAGACAAUUGUUAGCCUUUUACCUGUUGAAAAACUUGCCAUUCCCAUCAGUUUUCUAUUUGGGCUUUUACGAAGCGCUGUGAUGCUUGAUUGUACAGUUGCUUGUAGGCUUGAACUUGAGAGGCGGAUUGGGUCCCAGUUGGAUAUAGCUACUCUUGAUGAUCUUUUGAUACCCUCCUUCCGCCAUACUGGUGAUACUUUAUUCGAUGUUGACACAGUCCACAGAAUCUUGGUUAAUUUCUCGCAGCAAGAUGAUGGUGAAGAUGAUAUGGAAGAUGCAUCAGUCUUUGAAUCCGAUAGUCCUCAUUCACCUUCCCAAUCUGCAUUGUUGAAAGUAUCAAAAUUAGUGGAUAAUUAUCUAGCUGAAAUUGCACCUGAUGCAAACCUCAAGCUCAACAAGUUUAUAGCAAUUGCUGAUAUCUUGCCUGCCCAUGCACGUACUAUUCAUGAUGGGUUGUAUCGAGCAAUUGAUAUUUAUCUCAAAGCUCAUCAGGCUUUAUCUGAUCCAGACAAGAAGAAGCUUUGCAAACUGAUUGACUUUCAAAAACUAUCCCAAGAAGCUGGUGCACAUGCUGCACAAAACGAACGACUUCCUGUCCAAUCAAUUGUGCAAGUGCUUUACUUUGAGCAGUUAAGGCUUCAAAAUGCAUUGCUUUGCUCUUACCCCGAGGAUGACCACAAGCCGUUGCAACACUCUUGGCGAAUUGGCAGUGGUGCACUAAGUGCGUCAAUGUCUCCCCGUGACAACUAUGCAUCACUAAGGAGAGAAAAUCGAGAGCUAAAACUUGAGCUUGCUCGUUUAAGGAUGAGACUGAAUGAUCUAGAGAGGGAUCAUGUGUGUAUGAAGAGGGAAAUGAAGAAGUCUGGUUCUCGUAAAUUCAUCAUCUCCUUUUCAAAAAAGAUUGGCAAGUUUAGUUUUCUCGGUCAUAGUUCUUCAAGAGGAUCAAGUUCCCCCUCCAAUAAUUCACAAGGAACGGACUCGAAGAUAAAUGAAAAAUAUGAACAAGCACAUUAGGUAAUUCAUGUCAGUUGGAUUUUUUUUGCUGCUUCUGUUGGGCAACUGCAAUUAACGUUCUUAGUGACUUUUCUUGUUCAUUGUAUUCAUUUCUUUUUGGCUCCUCCUCCUUUUCAAUUCUCAUUCUCCAACCUUGUAUAUGAGUUUUUGUUUGCUCUACAAAUAGGAAGGAGCCUUCUUUAGUUGCAAGUGAUGGUUUCACGUAUGAGUUUGGUGUAAUUUUUGAAGAAUUUCUAAUGUGAACAUAUUGAUUGUAUCAUAUAAAAUUACUGAUGUCAGUUCAUGGCGAAAGAAUGAAUCUGGCUUUCAUGCUAGGCUUCAUGAAUGAAUUAUUAUGUUUUGGUGAUUGUUUCCUAUACAAUCCCAUUACGAUAAUGGGAGAUCAUCUUUUGUUUAAACAUUCCUGUUGCAUUGCCCAAUUCAACUUGUAUUUAUUGGAUGCCUUCUGGAAUUGUUCUUUAUAUCCCACCUCACUGUGCUUUCAGUUGCCUUCUUAGGUACAUAAUGUUUCCUUAGUUGAAUUCCAAAUGUAUCUGGAGUCUGGAAUUUCAGAACUUUGUUGAAUGGUUUUGAAAUACUGUUGUUUAUGUAAGGGUGUCAUCAGAUCCUUUGGCUGUUCCAAUUGUAUUGUAUGGGGUGGGUAAUGCCGGAAAGAGGGCAUGUAAUUCCCUGGAAAAAUUAUUCUCAUAAGAAUUAGUUUUAGUUUUGUGAUGUAAUAUGCUGAGAAAAAAAAAU